AUGGCACCUACAUCGAGCACCCUCGUCUCCUCAGACCUUGUCUGGGAGAUUGUCCGAAGCAAUAACUCCUUCCUCGUGAAGCGAAAGCAGGCCGGCGGUGUUCAGUUCUCUCGUGACCCCCUAAACCUAGUCAACAAGAACAGCCGCAAGUACUCCGGUUUCGUCAACGACAAGGCUAUCGGUGUUCAACCUGCCGAGAAGAACGGCGUCAAGGUCAUCACCAAGAAAGAGGCAACUGCUCAGAAGCCCGCCAAGUCCACCGUCGAGGUUACCCACAGCGGUGGCCAGGGAACGCGCAAGAUCUACAAGACCGUUGCCCACCAGGCUGCCAGCUCCGGCUACCGAGCUGACCUCCGCGAGGCCGCCGUUGCCCGUGUAUCUGCUAUCCGACAUUCCCAAAAGGAGCCCAAGCCCACUCCUGAGAAGAAGCCCCGAGGCAACAAGGCCAAGAAGGCCGCCGCGAAGGCUUAA